CCUACUGCAAAGGCUUGGCUAUAUAAAGGCACAGGAUAUCCACUAAAGAGACGAAUAAAGACCUGAGCGUUUUUCGAAUACGGUUCCUCCUGAAACAUCUUCCCGCACCUCCGCCAUAGUCCAACAGCUCGGCUCAAAGCUAAAAGAUAGAUUUGAAAAAAAAAAAAAUUCUUAAUCAUCUCACAUAUUGCGGCUUACCAGAAAUCCAGCAAAAUGAUAGCCAAGCCCUUGCCGUCACGGCUGAUGGGAUGUCUCGUCUUCUUGAUGGCGCUUUCCCUUUCCUGCAGGGUCACCCACGCAGACAGAAUUUUGAGCCGCCAUACUCGGGCUAUGAUGAUCGACAUGAGAGGCUUUCCGGAUACUGAGCCCUUUGUCUGCAAAGGUGCGGGUUUCCAACGUAACGAGACUGACUGCACUCAGUUCUUCAGAUGCGUCGACUUUAACAAUAAUGGAAAGCACACCAUUUUCCGGUUCAUGUGCGGACCGAUGGCCGUUUUUGAUGAGAGCCGGUCACUCUGUACUGGCCCUGAGUUGUCAGUUCCACCGUGCCCUAAAGAUCAACUGGACGCUUUCUUUGUUAGCAUGAAGCCCAUGGACCCUGGUGUGCCUGCACCACCCGCACCACCUGCACCACCAUCGCCGCCUCCCACGAUACCUACAGCAAGACCUCCAGUUGUUACACCAACACUUCCACCUGUCACUGCACCACCAAUUACUGUGACGAUUCCUGUAAUCACAACCCCAACCCCAACGAAACCUAAUCUUCCUCCAAUCGUAGUGAUAAGUUCAACUGAAGCCCCUGUAACCGUGCCUGUAUCUCCUGUCACCCCAGCAGCACCUAUCCCCACUUCCCCACCUGAAGUGGUAACAAUCCCAACUGUUACGAAGCCAGAAGUUACAUUACCGAUUGUUACCACUACCCCAGAGGCCAUAACAACCACAACUCAAGCACCUGUUGUAACAGUGCCUGUUGUAACAGUGCCUGUUGUAACAGUGCCUGUUGUAACAGUACCUGUGGUCACUGUGCCGCCUGUAACAGUAUCUGUGGUCACUGCACCGCCUGUAACAGUACCUGUGGUCACUGCACCGCCUGUAACAGUACCUGUGGUCACUACACCGCCCGUAACAGUACCUGUGGUCACUACACCGCCCGUAACGGUACCCGUUGUUACUACCCCUGCACCUACCCUUGCCCCUGUUACAACUCCUCCAUUUACCCUGGCCCCUGUGACUGACCCUGCACCUGCUAAACCGACUCAAGCACCGGUCACGGUACCACCGGUUACUGCAGCCCCACCUACACCAUCAUCGACGACAGAAGCCAUAACAACUACGACUGUAACUGUCAUCGUAACAGAGCCUCCUCCUACAACUACAACUGAAACGAUAAGUGAAGGGUCUUCAAUUGCUCCGGUAGUAGAGGUCACUUCACCUGAAACUCCCGCCGUUACGACGACGCCCGUGACUACCAUCACCAUUCCCAGUACAGUGGUAAUUCCUAGCCCAACUGAAGAUAUCAAGGGUUUCAUCACCAUCGGCGGGAAAGAAGUCACACAGAUUCAACAGUUGAUUUCGACCGUAACUGUUGUUCCAGGCGUCACUUGGGCAGUCACAAGUCAAGGAGAUGGUUCCAAAAUCGUCAUCAAAGAAGACGGCUCGAGCGAGACGACAUUCUCCGUCAUUCCACCAGGAUCAUUCCUCAUGAUUAACACCACCCAAACCGGUGGAUCAUGGAGCAAUAUUGCCAACGGGUUGUUUACCACUAAUUCAACCACCACAUCUUUCCCACCUGGAACAACAUUCUCCAUCGUUAAAGUUGGACCUUCAGGUCAAGUAAUCAGCUGGCAAACUAUUCUGACCACUACAUCCACUAGCACGUUGACCGUUCCAACAAACAGCUUUGUUGGUUCAGUUCAAUUUGUCAAUCAAAAGGUAGUUACCAUCGGAGGGUGGACAUUCACCACGACAUACUUCACCACGGAUACAACAGUCAGCUCCUUUGGAGUUCUUCAGCCUUCCACACCGUCGACUUCUUCUCAGACGACGAUCACAACUACGUCAACUGUCAUCACCGGCGAUCAACAAUUCAUUUCAGGUAUCAUCACUGUUGGAGCACAAGGCGUGCCCUCCGAGGGCACGAAAGAAAUUCGUGUUGCUGGAGGAGAUUUGCUUGCCAUCAUUCCGCACGGCGGACAAGGAAUCAUCACUUUGAUUGAAGAAGGUUCAACAAGCAGCACUGAUUUCCCUAUCACUCCAGGAUCCUUCCUCGGCGUCUUGGCUCCUAGUAACGGAGCUGGUAUCGUUACCAACGUCGACCAAUCCAUUUUCACAUCCAACACGACAACUAUCACUUUCCCAGCUGGCAGCACUGUAUCGAUUCUUAAGGUCGGAGUUGACGGAAAGUUAGUUCGAGUAUCAUUUGUUCAGCUCACUUCAGCGUUCACCUUGUUUACGAAAACACAAAGCGUUGUUGGUAUGGUUGUUACCACUAGCACUGGAGUCAUCAGCAAUAUCGGAACUGGAAGUUUCAGCACACAGCCGGUCGCAGGAUUAUCGAAACCCAUCUAUUUCGGUAUUGUCAAUAUCCAUCCGAAACCAGACGUAACCCAAGUCGAAUCGCUGUCGGGCAUUAUUCAGAUUGGCGAUUCAACUUUCUUGCGUCCCCAGGAAUCCACCACCAAUGUGCAAACAAUCCAAAUUCUUCCGGGCACGUCGAGCGCAAUUCUUGUUUUGGGCGAGAUCAAAGUCACGGAAGAAGAUGGCACUUCGAUCAAACAGACUGCAAUCUCUAUUCCUUCCGGAGGAAUUCUUGGCAUCGUCACGCAGACAAACGGUGGUGAAAUUACUGGAAUUUCGAACGGUUAUUUCACUACGACCACUACGCAACUCGUGUUCCCAUUCGGCACACGAUUCGGCAUUGUCAUCAUCUUGCCCGAUGGUACAAUGAGCCUUCAACAACCGAUUGAUACAACAAUCAAAACAACCAUCACCGUUCCAGUUGGAAGCGUUUUCGGUGUGUUGACGCUCUCCAGUCAAGGCGUAGUGACCGGAAUCGGCUCUGCUUCCUUCUCGACUCAGUACUUGCUUCUGAGCGACUCGACCGGGCCGAACGUUCCAGCAACAUUGGGCAAUUUUGGCGUCGUUUACUUUAGCGAACAAUUCAAGCUAUCCCAAUCGACCGUCAUUAAUUCAGCUUCUGUUUUACAGCAACUCCAGACAAUCUCCGUGAUUGUUCAACUUGGUGUUAAGGAUUCUUUUGAUUCAGUCUCUUCACUGUCCGUUCCAUCGGGCACUUCUUUUGCAAUUAUUCCUAGGGCAAGUCAAGGAGUCGUGACGGUAACUGAAGGAGGAGCUACAUCGACCUUCACAGUUUUACCUGGCCAGUUAUUCACCAUCUUCAACGUUCAAGAUGCCACCAUUACUAACAUUGGCGAUCGAUUGUUCACGACCACCACCACGACAUUGUCUUUUGGACCUGGAAGUCAAUACGGAAUUAUCAAAAUUGGUUUGGAAGGACAAAUAAUUUUAACUGAAUUCACCCGAACAGCACAAAGCGUCAUUUCGAUCGUUGUUAGUCCAGGAAGCACAGUCGGUACCAUCCAACAAACCACUGACAGUAAAAACAUCAUUACCAGCAUCGGUGGAGCUCCAUUUGCAAUUAAAAUCAUGAACACAGUAAAUCCUCUUGCUUCUAGCGAAUUUACCUGGUAUGCAGCUGUUCUUGACAUUGGCAGUGCCACAACAAUUGUUCCAUCGCCUAUCACAUCCGCACCAGACACUCCAUCCGGUGGCUUGGUCACUCCAGUCCCAACUGUUCCAGUUGUGACGAUACCUGUACCGUCUGAACCCAUCACACCUGAAGUGGUAACCAGCACCAGCUCGCCAAUAACGACCACUGCUUCAACUCCGGAGCCCGCGGCUGAUGACAUUAAAGGUUUCCUGACGAUUGGGGAAAAAGAAGUCAUUCAAAAUACUCAACAAGUGACUCCAUCUAUCAACGUACCUUCUGGCAGCACCUGGGGAGUAGUAAGCCAAGGAACUGGUUCUCAAAUUGUAAUCAGAGAACAAGGUUCCAGCGAAACUACAGUGUCUGUUCCAGCUGGCGCAAUCCUGGUCAUCAAUACCACCCAAUCCGGUGGAGUAUGGAACAAUGUUGCUAACGGCUUAUUCACAACGAGCUCGACCACUACAUCCUUCCCACCUGGAACGACAUUUUCGAUUGUUAAAGUAGGAGCUACUGGCCAAAUCAUCAGCACUCAAACCAUUCUUACCACUACAUCAACGUGUUCAUUAACGGUACCAACCAACACUUUUGUCGGCUCGGUUCAAUUCUUCAACCAAAGAGUUGUUACCAUCGGUGGGUGGACUUUUACCACAUCCUAUUUCACCACCGGUACAACCACUAGCUCUUUCGGAGUCCUUCAACCAACGACCACGACGACUAAUUCUCAAACAGUUAUCACAACUACUUCCACUGCCAUUACUGGAGACCAGCAAUUUGUUUCGGGAUUCAUUACUGUAGGUGGACCGGUUGAGUCUUCGCAACCAACGGAAGAUCUGACCGUUCCCAGCGGCAAUGUGUUGGCUAUUAUACCACAAGGUGGAAAAGGUAUUGUCACAAUUGUUGGAGAAAAUCAACAGGAAUUCACAAUCACACCUGGAACUUUCCUCGGCGUCCUCACUCCGAGCAAUGGAGUAGGCACUGUCACAAAUGUCGUCAAACCCAUGUUUACAUCCGCAACAACGACCAUAACAUUCCCUGCUGGCAGCUCCGUUUCCGUUUUUAGAGUUGGAAUUGAUGGUAAACUCAUCCAAGUUUCAGUCGUUCAAUUCACAACUACGUUCACCAUCAUAACUAGCUCGCAGAGCUUUGUAGGACUUGUUGGCACGACGAGUUCUGGAACAUUGCAAAACAUUGGAACUGGAUCUUUUAGUACGCAAACGCUUACCGGAUCAUCUGCUUCAGUUGUUUUUGGAGUUUUGAAUCUGAACUCUGUCGAAACUUCCCAAGUCGAGUCUUUGUUUGGAUUCCUCCAGGUCGGCGAUGCCACAUUUUUGAGCCGCCAAGAAUCAGCUGUUCCAGUGCAGACUCUACCGAUCCCUGCGGAUUCUACGAGUGCCAUCAUGGCAUCCGGCGACAUUAAAGUAACAGAAGAAAGCGAAACGUCUUCAAGGCAAACGACGUUCUCACUCACAUCUGGGGGCAUCUUCGGUAUGGUUUCUACAACAGGAGGUGAAAUUAGCGGAAUCUCAAACGGCUACUUCACAACCAGCCAAACUAAAAUCACCUUCCCAUCUGGAGCAACACUUGGCAUCAUGAUGAUACGACCGGAUGGAACCAUGAUCGUACAGAAUCCCAUUGUUACCAAAGAUAAAACAACCAUCACCGUUCCCCUUGGUAGUAUUUACGGCUUGAUCGUCCUUUCGGCUCAGAAUGUCGUGACUGGAAUCGGGGCAGCAUCUUUCACCACCGAAAACUUGCUGGUCAGCGACUCAACGGGUCCUGACGUUCCUGCUGUAUUGGGAAAUUUCGGCGUGAUGUAUUUCAGGGAGCAAUUCCAACUGUCUCAGUCUAUCGUCAUUAGCUCUGCCCAGUUUUCUGCUCAGCCCCAGACAAUUUCGGCCAUCAUCCAACUGGGAGUCAAUGAACAAUUCGCAUCCGAGCGUGACUUGGCGGUACCAGCAGCUAGCUCCUUUGGUAUCAUACCUUACAAAGAACAACGAGUUGUAACGGUUAAUGAAGGAGGCUCAACAUCAACUUUCACCAUAUUACCUGGACAGAUGUUUGCUCUGCUAAACGCCCAGGGGGCGAUUGUAACCAACAUUGGCGAUGGAUUCUUCACGACGACAACGACUGCCAUGUCGUUUGGAGCAGGAACAAUCUACGGAGUCGUUAAAAUUGGCUCGGAUGGUCUGAUGAUUUCGACAGAAUUCACACGUACGUCUCAGGCUAGUUUUACCGUCACUGUAGCAUCCGGAAGCACAGUGGGUAUCAUUCAAUUUGAAUCUGAAAGUCGUCGUGUCAUCACCAGCAUUGGCGGGGCUUCUUUCAUCACUAGAACUCUGACAUCUAUCAGUUCUUCCAGCUCAGUGGGUUCUGUAGGAUUACUGGAUAUCACAGGGUCUGCCUCUGCUCUAUUUACAACUACAUCCAAACCGGCCAUUACAACUCCGCAGCCUCCGAUCGCAGGGUUUGCCAUCGACUGCACACUUAACCAACUCCAUCAAUUUCCACUCGAUUGCUCUCGAUUCUACCAGUGUUACGGAGAGAAUGAAGAUCGUACUGUUUACAUCUUCCCUUGCGCUCCAGGACUCGUCUUUGACGAAGCCACAUCUCAGUGCUUGACUCCGUCUGAAGGAGCAUGCGAUGACAUCACUUCGAUUACCGAUCCAGCUAGCUCUUCUGAAGGAGUUGGUGGCUUUUUCCAAAUCAACUGCUCGGGCGACCUUUACCGCUAUCCGCUGAACUGUAACAAUUUCUAUCAAUGUUUUGAAAAUGACAAAGGCCAAGAAACCAUUUACGUCUAUUCCUGCGCCACGGGAUUGGUCUUUGAUGAGUCAUCCAGGACAUGCCGAUUGCCUAACGAAGCUUCCUCAUGUGCCGUCAACAGCAAACUUUUCAGAUCGCCGUCUAUUCUCUUCCAGCUGAAGCAGAAAAUUGAUGUCGUAUCACUCAUUCCUUCUUCAAGAACUCUUGUCCAGCAGAAGACUCUGUCGGCCAGUUCCAGCGUUUCUGAAGUUUCUUUUAGCCAACCGCAUCAGACGGGAAGAGGAUCGACCAAAAGGAAAAUGGGGUACACUGAAGAGACGGAGCAAAAGGUUGACCAGCGUCGAAUCCAUACGGAGCUCCGCCAAGGAAAAGAGUCGAAAUCCACAGUGACUGUUACAGGUAACUUUAGGCCAAGGCUCUUCGACUCCGGUGUUUACGGCGUCCGCAUUAGUCCUCUUUCCAAAAGCCUUUUCGGUCAAAGCAAGCCAAAUGAAAACAAAUAAGAAUUAAAUGAAACAAUUUUUAAAACUAUAUGGUGAAAGUAAAAAAAAAAAAAAAAAAUGCAAUAUAUUUUACAUAGUCUGGCAAUUUCGGUACCAGUUUAAAAUCAAAAAGAAAAGAGAAAAAAAAGGGGGAGAGAUACUUCCUGUGCAUUUCGGUAAGUUUUGUCUAUAAUGCGAAUUGUGAACUCAUGGCCAUAGAGAUUGUCCCGAUUGUUUUGUCGUGAAAUGAUAAUCUGAAAAUACAAUUCAGCGUCACGA